AUGUCCGUUUCUCAGAAGCUCGUUGACAACCACCGCCAGUUGUUUGAAAAAGCGGCCCAUCAUAAGCUCACGGAAGAACUAUGUGCCGGUACCCUUUCAGAAAAGACGCUUUAUGUUUAUUUGGCUCAAGAUUUGAUGUUUUUCCAAAGCGGGAUGCGAGUUUUGACCAAGACUACAUCCCUGGCGCCAGAAACUGACAGCUUGAUUACGCUUGCGAAAAAAAUCGGUUUCUUUGCCAACGAUGAAAACAGCUAUUUCCACGAUUGUCUUGCAGAGCUGAGUGGUGCCCUCAGCUCCUCACAACGCGAAUAUUAUCAAAAGACCAUGUUGCCUGAGGUCGAGACGUACAUCAACUUCUUGACCAAAUCGGCUCGAGAAGAAACGUCUUACGCCAAGCUCAUAACGUUUGUCUAUUGCAUGGAACUGGUUUAUCUGGAGUGGGCCACAUUUUUCCCUGCAGCAGAAAAGCUUCACUGGAAAUACCAGACCUGGAUCGAUUUGCACGCGGGCGAUCAUUUUGAAAGCUGGUGUGACUUUCUGAGAUCGGAAGUUGACAAAUGCUCCUACGAAGAAGUGUCUCAGACCUUUGAGCUCGUUCUAAAAUAUGAGUACGAAUUUUUUGAAGCUUGCUAUAAGCAGUGA